ACCCCCUCCUCCUCUUCCUCCUCCAGUCCAGUCACCUGAUCUCCGCAGCAGUCGUUGCCGGUGACAGGGUUUAGAGCUUGUACGCUUCACGCGCGCCGGCCAGUCUGGUGCCGUGGUGGUAGGUGAGCUGUGGAGUCGUGGGUCAAGUUACGUGCCGUGAGCCGUCCCACUCCCAUGUCGGCGGCGGCGCGGUGGGCGGCGGCGCUGCUGACGCUGGGCGUCGCAUGUUUGGCGGCGGGGCCCUGGGCGUGCGCCGCGCAGCCGGUGGUGCUGUCCAGCUACGGGCAGAGCAGGCUCUCGCUCAAGCCCUACGACUGGACCUACCUGCGCGUUGACCUGCCGGCGUCAUUUUCUUCUGUCACCAUGGAUUUUGCAACUGACAGAGAUAUUCCCAGGGAGCACUUACGAGAUCUUCCGAGAAGCGAUCUUGCUAUCAUCUGUUUGAUGAUUGCCAACCCUCCUAUUCCUGAUAUAUCUGGUUAUUAUUUAGAAAAUUUAUUAUCAGACUUUCUUGCUGUUGGAUCUUUUGGCAAUAUGAAUAACCAAUCAAAUCUGGCGCAGUGCAUACCAUUUCAGAAAAACACAACGAUAGUGUUAACAAACGACCAGAUAUUACCAGGCGUUUGGUACAUUGGUUACUUCAAUGGCCUUGGGUCUGCUCGCACACAAUCAAAGAUGAUUAGCCGAGGGAGAGCACGUUCAGUGAGCACUAGCAUUACGGUAGAAGGAUGCCCCAGUUCAGCAUUAUGGGGACCCUACUGCAACCAAACAAUUGAAAUGAUUGGUUGUUCUCAGCUGUCAAGAUAUAAUAACUCAAGAAAUCUCUUAGUUCAGACUAUCGACACGAAGAGAAGAUUGAAUACUAGAGAAAAUAAUAGACAUACUAGCUUCCUAUUAAGGUCGAACCUUCCAAUAGGACAUGCACUUGACUCCAAUAGUACUAGCUUACUGGGAGUGGAGAAUUUGAUCACAUGUUCCAUUUCAAAUGACUCUUUAUGCCUCAGGCAAGGCGAUAUGAAGUUUUAUUUCUUGGAUAUAGACAACUUAGCAGUGCAAUUUAGAAUUGCAGCUGCAAAUUUUGGAUUAGUCCAAAGGGCAUCCUUGGUUUGUUACUUGCGCUACAACGCCUUCCCUCAGAGAGUUUUGCAUGAUUACUCAGGCGAUAUUAGCAGUGGUCCCUUGGUUAUAAAGCUGCCAAAUAUUGGACGAUGGUAUAUCGCAAUUGAGAUUCUGAACAAAACAGAGAUCAACAAUAUAACAUCACCUAUGCCGGAUACAACUUGUUUCUCAUUUGAUUGGCAAGUAACUGGAUGUCUGGAUGGAAAAGCUGGAAUUAACUGCUCAUGGGAAGCAUAUGUGCUCCAGAGAGUUCCUAAAAGAAAUCCUUCUGUCCCUUUCGAGUCAUAUUAUGUUCCUACUGAUGGGAGGGCAAUGCUGGAAGAUAGCCACUUCUUGCUCGAACAGUUUUUAAGCAACUCAUCCUAUGAGCAAUUUGCAUGGACUUAUUUCCUUUUGGAUGUUCCCCAAGGUUCAGCGGGUGCACUUAUUCAUGUCCAGCUAAAGUCAGAUAAAGAAUUAAAUUACGAGCUGUACUCACGAUAUGGUGGUUUACCAUCAAAUGAUAGUUGGGAUUACUUUGCAAGCAGGACAAGUAGCAGUAAUGGUUCAAUAUUCUUUUCCUUACAGAAUUCCACAAAUUCAGACAUGGAUCUAUCUAUUUUCUAUGCCAAGGAGGGAACUUGGUGCUUUGGAAUUAAGCAUCCAAAUAAUACUUCAAAUUCUCAGACAUAUAUAUCUGUAUCUCUUCAGGGAUGCCAUAGAAACUGUAAUCAGAAAGGUGUUUGUCAUUCUUCAGUUGAUGAAAGUGGGUUAACGUUCUACAGCUUCUGCACUUGCGACCGUGAUCAUGGUGGUUUUGAUUGCAGCGAUGAAUUAGUUUCGCCUAAUGGGCACAUCAGGCAGUCUGUCUUUCUAAUCGCAUCAAAUGCUGCAGCAAUUUUACCUGCCUUCUGGGCUCUCCGGCAAAAGGCGUUCGCCGAAUGGAUUCUUUACACUUCUAGUGGAAUUUCUAGUGCUUUGUACCAUUCAUGUGAUGUGGGCACCUGGUGCAUACUUUCUUUUCAUGUAUUACAGUUUUUGGACUUCUGGCUUUCAUUCAUGGCUGUUAUUGGUACAUUUAUAUAUAUGGCUACAAUUAAAGAAGCUUCAAAACGAGCUAUGCAUACUGCUGUUUUUAUUCUCACAGCUAUCUUAGCUGCAACUGGUGCCACCAGAUCUGCCAAUAUCGGUAUCGUCGUUGCUAUUGGUUCACUUGGCCUGCUUAUUGGAUGGAUAUUGGAAUUCUCUACAGCACAAAGAUUUACAUGCUGCUCAUGGCGAAUUAACCUCAGUGUGCCUCAAAGAUGGCCAAACCUAGUGCCUUUGUUUUGGAAUACUCUGGAGAUGUUAAACAAACGGUUCCAUUGGCUGUAUUUACUUGUUGGUUUCAUCACAUUAUCUUUCGCAGCUGUAAGCUGGAAGCUAGAAUCAAAUAGUAGCUACUGGAUUUGGCACAGUAUGUGGCACAUAACUAUCUAUACGUCUUCGUUCUUCUUCUUAUGUUCAAUGCGUGUCAAUAUGAUGGUUCAUAGUCCGGAGACAAACUAUGAGUUGACGAGGCAAGAUUCCUUGCCAAGAACAGAGUCAAGAGAAACCUAAUGAUAUCUUACUUCUGGUAGCAACUGGAAAUCCAUGGACGAAAGGUAUUAUCUUACUACAGUGAAGAGCUUGAUGCCAGACCCUUUCUGGCAGCCCGCACGUCUGAGCCUCACUACUGUAAACGUGUUCAUAUAUAUGGGCUUCCUUGCAAAACUGCAAUAAUCGGGGGAUAUUGAAACGACAUGUAAUGUUCGUUGUUAACUUCAUCACAUGAGAAUUGUAGAUAGUGUGGUGCAACCUAGCAACUUUAGAUGAAUUACCCUUUUUCUGGGGGAAUGGUAGUGAAAUGCCAGUAGAGAUAUCGUGUAAUUAUAUUAGGCAAGUGUUACAGAUUUGAUUAUUUUUCACACUGCACAAAAGUGCAUUCUAUAGACAGGAAGAUAUUAUGUAUAGCAAAAUACAUUGUAAAAAAUUGAUGAGUUCUGUGUACCAGAAUAAUGAUGGCACUGUCAUGGUGAAAGAUACUAAGAUACUAAGAUUCAA